GAAAGAAACUGAGUCAUUGAGAUCGAGCUUUGUUCUUUCAUCUGCGAUCAAGUUUAUCAACAUUUUGAAUCAAGAGAAGCAGACAAAAUUUAAAUUCUUACAGACAUGUCUGGUGUAUCACUUGCUGUCGCUCCUCGUUCUGAGGCUGAUCAAAGCAAAGUCUCUGGGAUGACCUCACAGCAAAAAUCUUCUCAUCGCCCACAGCAAGAUCAGACUGGAGGUGUAAUGGGAUCCCUGCGUGUAAUUGAACUACAAUUAGUUGCUUUCAUAAUGGUUUUUUCUGCUAGUGGCCUAGUUCCACUCCUUGACCUUGUUUUUCCAGCCUUUGCCACGGCUUAUCUUUUUGCACUCUCUCGACUAGCUUUCCCUGCCCAUGGCAAAACUAAUGCCCCUCCAGAGGUAUUUCAUAACAGUAAACUCUUCCGCUUUUAUGUUAUUCUUGGGACCACCAUAGGGCUGUUCUUCCCAUUGGCUUACGUUCUAGGUGGAUUUGCAAGGGGUGAUGAUCAUGCUGUUCGGUCAGCGACUCCCCAUUUGUUUCUGCUCUCAUUUCAGAUCCUAACCGAGAACUUAAUCAGUGGAUUCGCUUUGUUUUCGCCUCCGGUGAGGGCAUUGGUACCUUUGCUUUAUACGAUUAGAAGGCUUUUUGUGAUUCUUGACUGGCUACAAGAUGUAUGGUUGAAUAAAACCCUGUCAUCAGAUGCCAAGUUGAAGGAUGUCUCGUGGUAUUGGUUUGGGAGGAGCUUAGCUGCAGCAAAUCUAGCCUAUUUUUCAAUCAAUCUGCUCGUAUUCCUUAUUCCGCGCUUCCUGCCACGAGCAUUUGAGAGGUAUUUCAGUGAGAGGGAUGAAAUGCAUUCCAAGGCUGCAGAAGACAAUUACGCCAAAGCUGCAGCAAAGCAAUCCAAGUCUGCCGAUGAAAAGAAAUCUGAUUAACUUCUGCUGUUAAAUAUAACGAGAAACAGACCUUGUUGCUUUGAACUUAAAAUGUAAUUUGUUAGUCGCUUACAUUUCAUGGUAUGUACUGCAACUGAAAUUGUAGUUUUUAAGGCGCUUACU